CGACAGGUUUAACAGAAGCAAAUGAAAAAACAAAAAGACAAAAAAAAAAAAAAACUGAAAACACAGAAAUCACUUUUACUGUUUCUCGAAACGAAAUCCAAUCGCCGAAAACUUCUCUCAAUCUUCCAUGUAUCACAAGCUCAUAAUUCUGAUAUUGAAUCUGCUUCUGUUGCUGCUCCUGUUUGUCUCCGAAGCGGCAUCGUUUUCGGUGGGAUCGCGGUCGAUCCUCCGAUCAAUUAGUAACGGCGAAAAUAACGGAGAGGUCGAUAACGCCGUCGAAUUGAACGCCACGAACUUCGAUACCGUCCUUAGAGAUACUCUGGCUACUUACGCUGUCGUUGAGUUCUUCGCUCAUUGGUGUCCUGCUUGCAGAAAUUAUAAGCUGCAUUAUGAGAAGGUUGCUAGGCUUUUUACUGGACCUAAUGCAGUGCAUCCUGGUAUCAUAUUGAUGACUAGGGUAGACUGUGCAUUGAAGAUAAAUAACAAACUUUGUGAAAAGUUUUCUGUAAGUCAUUAUCCUAUGCUCUUCUGGGGCCCUCCUUCUAGAUUUAUAUCUAGUAGUUGGGAACCUAAACAAGAUAAAAGUGAAAUACGUGUAAUUGAUGAUGGACGGACUGCUGAUCGCUUGCUUAAUUGGAUCAAUAAACAAAUAGGCAGCUCCUAUGGCUUGGAUGAUGGGAAGUUCGACAAUGAGCCUUUUCUAUCAAAUAUAUCAGAUCCCAGACAGAUUGCUCGAGCUGUGUAUGAUGUUGAAGAGGCAACGGCCACUGCCUUUGACAUCAUUUUAGAACACAAGAUGGGCAAAUCAGAAACUCGGGGUGCAUUAAUAAGAUUCCUUCAGCUUUUAGUGGCUCACCAUCCUUCUAGGAGGUGUCGGAAGGGAAGUGCAGAAAUAUUGGUAAAUUUUGAUGAAUUCUCCCCAUUACAUAUGCAAUCUGAUAGACAGGAAGUUGUCAUUAAUGAUGGAAAGGGUGCCCUGGGGAACUUCCAAAUUUGUGGAAAAGUUCCUCGUGGAUAUUGGAUGUUUUGCCGUGGCAGCAGGAAUGACACCAGGGGUUUCAGCUGUGGCUUGUGGGUUCUACUACAUUCACUCUCUGUAAGAAUUGAUGACAAGGAGAGCCAAUUUACAUUUUCAGCUUUAUGUGAUUUUAUCCACAGUUUCUUUCUUUGUGAGGAGUGUCGUCGACAUUUUUUCGAGAUGUGUUCAAGUAUUACUACUCCUUUCAAUAGGACCCGCGAUUUUGCCCUUUGGUUGUGGAGUGCACAUAAUAAAGUCAAUGAGAGAUUAAUGAAGGUAGAAGCAUCUUUAAAAACUGCCGAUCCCAACUUCCCCAAGAUUAUAUGGCCUCCGACACAGCUUUGCCCUUCAUGUUAUCGCUCGAAGGGAGAUAUCGAAACCAGUCAGAUUGACUGGGACCAGGAUGAGGUAUUCAAGUUCCUAUCUAGUUAUUAUGGGAAAACACUUGUAUCUUUAUACAAGGACAAGGACAAGGACACUGUCACAACGGAUCAGAUUGACGGAGCUCUUGAAGAUUCGGUGGUCUCAACAAAUGCGGUUGUAGUACCUGUGGGAGCUGCACUGGCGAUUGCCCUGGCUAGUUGUGCAUUUGGAGCACUUGCUUGCUAUUGGCGAUUACAGCAGAAGAAUCGGAAGUCUAAAUACCAACUACGUUCUUUUAAGAACAUAUGAUGGAGGUUAAACAUUCUCAUGUGUUUCCGUUCAACAAAUUUCAGGCUCCGAAAAAGCUGGAACUAAGGUUUUGUUUAGUUACAAAACCAUAUACAUAGCCCUUUGAGGUACCCAGCCGAAUGAAUUCAGAUUCUUUAUAGGAAUCCAGAUGACAACCCUGUACCAACUGACCGUUUUGAGAAGCUUUCGAUUUUGAGAUAUUUAUUUUGGGACUGUACAGAUUCUUAUCAUGAUCUUAAUUUUGGAAGUCAUUGCAUCCCCGAGUCACAUUUUAAUUUUCUUAUGCACACUGUACCGGGUAACUUAUGAUGAAGCAUAUUUUGA